UCUUAAGUGAGUACUGAAUACUGAGUCGUCUAUACUCUAUACCUACGAAAAAAGAAAUGAGAAAUCUAAUCGAUCCAAUAUAGUAUUUUUUAUUAACCUACUGGCUAUCAAUUACAUCUAGAAUAUAGUCUAACUCUGCCUAGUGGUAAUUGCUGAUUUGAUCACAAGAGUUAGGUUUAUGGCGAUAUUUAGGUUCUUGCGUAGGAACCUAGUAAGCAUAACUUUCCCUACACUAACUGCAACAUUUAUUUGGCUUGACUGGAAUCAUACCAGGAACUGGAAGGCUCUAUCUAAAAAACAGUAAUAUGGCCAUCUUUGGAAUCACAAGCCGCUAUAUGUGGUUUGCUUUGCCAUUAACAGGCUUUUUCAUAGGAAAGUAUAUAGAUGACCAAGAAACACUAAGAAUGACAAGUUUUAGGGAUAAAUCUGCACUUUUUGGUGGGAAAGUUAAGGAAGGUGAUGCUCCAUCUUGGCCAUGAAUGUAAUGGAAUAGUUAAAAUAAAUGUAGUUUGUUGAAA